AUGUCUAGCUUUGCCGUCGCACGUGCAUACCAACACUCUUUCCGUACUUACCCUAGCAUUACGCUCGCGUGCAUAGGCGGAACCAUGAAUGCACUCGGCGAUGUCGUCGCUCAGGCCUCCCAGAUAAUCUUGACAAAACGACAUGAACAACGCCCGACAUAUGAUUUCCACAGAACAUUUCGCUUUUUCUGCUUCGGUUUUGCGAUAAGUCCCAUGAUUGGACGAUGGAACAAAUUCCUAGAGCAUCGGUUCCCAAUGCGACGCAGCGCUACCAACUCGAGUCGUGGGAGGGCAAAAGCCCUCGCUAAAAGAGUCGCUUGUGACCAAAUUUUCAUGGCGCCAAUUGGGCUCGCUGUUUUUUUGGGUUCUAUGGGAUUAAUGGAAGGUCGAAGCCCCGCUCAAAUACAAGAAAAAUACAAAGAUCUUUACAAGCCUGCCCUCAUCACCAACUGGCAAGUCUGGCCGAUCGCACAACUCGUCAACUUUCGGUUCAUGCCUCUUCCCUAUCGCGUCCCAUUCCAAUCCACCUGUGGCGUGUUCUGGACACUCUAUUUGUCCAUCAUCAAUUCAAACGAGGAUCAAAAACAAGAUAGACGGGAUCACUCGAACUGA